GGGCUCAGGGGUCAGGGCUCCAGCAGCCUCCCGGGACCGGACCGAGGCUGGGGAGCCUGGAGGGGUCGGAGGCCAAGCUCAGGCCCAGGCCAGUCUGGGCGGGAAGAUGGCUUCUGGGGGCAGCGAGCUCAGCAGCAGGAUAUCCAUAGGAAAUCAGAACACAGAUGACAGGCUUAUCUUUGAGACUGUACUCGGGCAAUUCAAAAGACAUAAAGUGGAGAUUUCAACUGCAAUAAAAAAGACAUUUCCUUUCUUUGAGGGUCUUCGUGACCGUGAGCUCAUCACCAAUAAAAUGUAUGAAGACUGUCAAGAUUCUUGUAAAAACCUGGUCCCUGUAUCGAGAGUGGUUUACAAUGUUCUCAGUCAGCUGGAGAAGACAUUUGACUUGCCGCUUCUGGAAGCUGUGUUCAGUGAGGUCAACCGGCAGGAAUAUCCUGAUUUAAAUCACAUUUAUGAAAGUUUUGUAAAAGCAAUCCAGAAGAAAAUUAAUCAUGAAGAAAGCAAUGAAGAAGAGAGGGAGGAGAUGCCUACUCUCCCACUAAGCCUUGAGCAAGGUAUGACCUCACCUGAAAAUGCACUCUCGGAUCACCUCAGUGAAACAGAACAGAUAAAUGCAACGAGGCAAGAUACAACCAGUGACCCAAUCGAUGCACUAGAAAGCCAACAGGCAAAUGAACAAUGUGCCCAAGAGUGUGAACCAGCAGAAGCAACGCUACCCAACCAUGGAUUUCAAAUCAAUUACUGUUCUGUCCUUCUGGAGGAUAUAAAGAAGGAAAAGCCAUUUUUAAACCCCGAAGUUGAAUGGCAAACCCAAGCAAGGACUGACUGUAACCAGGCACCUGAUGUAAUAGUGAUCAGCAGUGAGGACUCCGCAGAAUCCAGUGAUGGAGACAUGUCCCCAGAACCCUCCACAUCAGCACUGAGAAAGGCGUCUGAUCCUUGGGAUAUUGAAAACACAUCAGUUUGCUGCAUAAGCAACAGGAAAAGACGGAUCAGCACUGGUGACACUUCAGAAUUGAGUAACGAAGAUGAGCCUCAGGAAACGUCUAACUCAGUCCUGAGAAAUGGGUCAGAUACCACGGAUAUUGGAAGCAAUUCUACUUUGGGAAAACACGGUGAGAAAAGAAGUCCAAGAAUUCCCAAAGAAACAAAUAUGGAUUUUCAGCUUCCUGAACUUCCUGUGACUUGUGGUGAGGCGAAGGGGAUUUUAUACAAGGAGAAAAUGGAAGAAGGCACCUCGGAGAAGUGUAUAAAGGAUAUACAUGGAAAUUGGUUCACCCUCAGGGAAUUUGAAAUUGAAGGAAACCACGAAGCGUCCAAGAACUGGAAGCUGAGUGUGCGCUGCGGGGGAUGGCCCCUGAAAACCUUGAUUCAGGACGGAUUUCUACGAGACCCAUCAAGAAAAAGAAAAAAGCCAGAAAACUCAAAUGAAUGCGAGGUAUGCCGUGGAAAGACCGUGCUGUUCUCCUGUAAUACUUGUUCGAGGUUCUUUCAUGAGAAAUGCCACAUCCCACCUAAAGAUGCUGACAGGAACCCAUGGAGCUGCACCUUCUGCAAGAUAAAGGAUCUUCAGGAAAGGUGCCCAGAAAGCCAACCAUGUCAUCAGCAAUCUGAGGUCCUGAAGAAGCUGAUGCUGAGUAAAGAGAAGCUAAAGUGUGAGUUCCUCCUCUUAAAGGUCUAUUGCUCUCCAAAAAGCUCUUUUUUUGCCUCAGAACCAUAUUAUACAUCUCAAGGCCUGGAGAAGCCCAUGUGGUUAAACAAAAUCAAGAAAAAUCUGACGAUGAACAUAUAUCACCAAGUACGGGAGUUUGUGCGGGACAUGCGUCUCAUCUUCCAGAACCACAGGGCGUUUUACAAGAACAAUAAAUUCAUCAAUCUGGGGCUUCAGCUAGAAGCCGAAUUUGAGAGUGACUUCAAAAACGUUUUUGGCAUCCAGGAAAUACGUACAAACAGCAGUCGGUUUGAGCUGAUCUUUUAAAUGUAGCCCGUUUCUAGUUCCCCCUUCAGAGUCUCCACUGCUACAUGAUGUUGUGCCUGUGGCCCCACUGACCAACUUCCUGUUGCUGUGUGAAUAACACACUUCUUUUUCAAACUUUUUUUUACUGACAUUCCUGCUUAUUUACUUUUCUAAAUAAAAAUCU